GAGUUGAAAGGCAUUUGGGAUAGACUUGUUGCUUUUUGUUCUUAUUUCCUGUUGUUUAUAUCCUUUCUAUUGCGGCUGGUUAUAAUCUGACGCUACAGGCCAUGCAUGUGCUUUGUUUCUGCUUCAACUCUGUCCCACUUGUUCGGCCCUAUGGAUCGUUCUGUUAUACUCUUUUCUGGUUUUACACUUAUACCCCGGUUCGAUCGAUCUGAAAUUACCAGUCUGGCAAAUGUUUCGAUGGUUAGAAUGUGCCAAUAUUAUGUUAUCCACGCAGUCACGCAGUCUAUUUAGGGAUGUCAUGGGUACCUAUUUCGGUACCUGUUUUCCUGCUAGGGCCCUCCAGUAUCGUUUUGUAUGUACUCCAGGCUUGUUUUCCCACUGUGCACAGCAGCCGAGAGAGGUCAAAGCCACCACUUUUACCAUCAGAAUCUUAAGAAAUCUCUCACCAUGGGGCCGCCCGGCUCGGUCACCGUUUCCCCGGCAAGAACUGAUGGCCCUGGAUCUCGACAUCGGCAGUACAAGAUCGGGCAACCCUAAUUUAGACAGGCGACCGCCGCGUCGGACUCAGUCAGGAGUCAAGACAAUCCACUCCACUAAUGAAAGAGCGAGAGAAAACGAGAAUAGAAAGAAGCAGAACGGAGUGGAUCGUGUAUAGACAUCUUUCUAUUGCUCUUUUUGGAGAAGCAACGUACGUACGUCCCGGGACUCACUACUACAGUGCCUCGUGGCCCGAUAGA